AUGGCGAUUAUCGAGGGCUCAUUCGAGGCGUUGAGGCAGCUGGUCUGGAUCUCGUAUGAAACUGCUCGAGAGAGGCCCUUCCAUCUUUUCCUUUCUGCCGUCCUCCCGCUUGCUGGACUGGGGAUCUUAUGUAUAUACAUCUUCCUCCACCUUAUCGCCCAUACGCCCCGACUCCCGUUUCCGUCUGAAAAGACUUACCUCACCACCAACCCAGAUGGCACCGUCAGUGCCCCGCGGCCGCUUCCCUGUUGGUAUGACCGCUGGCGCGCCGAAGGUCGCCGAAACCAGGAAUACCCCACCAUCCCCGCUGGCUUUCCCGUCCCCGACCAGGCCAUCAUCGAGCCGGCCGAGGUAGAAGUGAGCGUCGUGAUCCCGGCAUACAACGAGGGGGCCCGCAUCUCCGCUGCUCUUGAGGAGAUGGUUGAGUAUCUAGACCAGCAAUUUGGUAGACCGGACGCCAGCAGUGGACCAUCCCCGCCGGCACAGCAACAAAAGCUUGCACAGCAGAAGAAGGGGAGGAAGGGCAAGGGCACGACGCCGCACCGCCUCGUCUUCAAGCCCGACAGCCCAGGAAGCGGAAACACGCCGCACCCGUCAAAGUCGCAGGGGCAGGAUGGUGCUGGCCCGUCAGGCUACGAAAUCCUCGUCGUCAACGACGGCAGCCAGGACCGCACAGUCGAGGUUGCCCUUGAAUUCUCGCGCAAGCACGGCUUGCACGACAUCCUCCGGGUGAUAACGCUUGAGAAGAACCGUGGCAAGGGCGGGGCCGUGACGCACGGCCUGCGGCAUGUACGGGGCAAGUACGCCGUGUUUGCCGACGCCGACGGGGCCAGCCGGUUCAGCGACCUCGGCCGGCUAAUAGAAGGGUGCGAGGACGUCGUGGACGGGUCCAAUAGGGGGGUGGCCAUCGGGAGCAGGGCACAUUUGGUAGCCAGCGAGGCCGUUGUCAAGCGCUCCGCAAUCCGCAACUUUCUCAUGCGGUCCUUCCACUUCGUGCUCAUGAUCCUCACGCCGCCCGCGACGUCACGGAUCCGCGACACGCAGUGCGGCUUCAAACUCUUUUCGCGCGCCGCCCUGCCCCACAUUGUGCCCUACAUGCACUCGGAAGGGUGGAUCUUUGACAUUGAGAUGCUCAUGCUGGCUGAGUCGGCGCCCGCCACCCCCGUCCUGGCCAGCGACGGGUCCGUCAUCGGCACCAGCUACGGCAUCAAGGUGGCCGAGGUGCCCGUCGGCUGGCACGAGGUUCCCGGCAGCAAGAUGAGCCUGGUCCAGGACAGCAUCCGGAUGGCCAUCGGGCUGGCUGUGCUCCGGGCGAGUUGGAUGAUGGGGGUGUACCGGCGGCGGUUAACCUGA